GUUGGUGAACCAUGGCUCAGCCGCAAGCACAGAAGCAGCGCAGUUAUGAGAGGGUCUUUACCACUUCUCCAAGGGGACAGUAUGCUGUGGAUAAAAAGCAGCAGAAUGUGAAGGAGAAGGAGUUCAUCAUCAUGAGAUGGAAUCUCUUGUUCUUGGUGUUUGACUUCAUCAUUAUUCCACUCCCACUGUGGAUCGACAUCUUUUGCCCCAUUUUUGCCGCCAUCUAUGGCCUCUUUGUCGGAUGGCUGGGAGCAUUCCUAUUGACAGUUUGUGCUUUGCGUUCUCUGCAGGCCAACUUUCUGAUGAAGAGGGUGGUGGAUGAGACUUGGGAGGACAAGAUCCCCAGAAACACGGAAGAGGAGAGGCGUUUGGCAGACAACCUGCAACACCUGGUGAUGAUGUGCGGCUACAAGGAGCCCAUGGAAGUGAUUUGCCAAUCCAUCGAUUCACUCGCAGCCCAGACGGCGGCUCACCGCCUGAUUGUGGUGAUUGGCUUGGAGGAGGGGACCCCUGAUGUGGCUGAGAAAGCUGCAAGGUUGAAAGAGCGCUAUGCCAGAUCCUUCAAGCGAUUCCAUGUGACCAAGCAUCCCAAGCAGUGGGCUGGAGGUCGUGAGAUCCGAGGCAAAUGCUCAAAUGCCAACUACACCAUGCGUGCUGCGGUCACCCGCUUGGAAGAGUACGGUGACUUAGAUCUCAGUUGCACCACAGCCACGAGUUGUGACACGGACUCUAUCUUUGCACCACGCUACUUUGAGAACCUGGGGUACCAGUUCCUUACCUCCCCAGAAGCCAAAGAGGUGGUUUGGCAGGCACCACUCUACUACAAUCACUUCUUGAAUGAGCGACCCUUCUAUGUUCGUGCUAUUGGCAUCAUGCGUGCUGCUUACAUGUUGGGAUUCUUGAUCCCUUUCAACAUCAACACCAUGUCCAUCUUCAGCUUUUCUCUGGAUCUCUGCAUCAAGGGCGAGUUCUUCCAUGCGCACUAUCAGAUGGAUGACAUCAUCUACACCCUGACCUGCAUGCAAGCCCUGCAGAAGCGAGUUGAGAUCCUCAUGAUUCCUAUGCCUGUGAUUUCUGGUCCAACCUCAGGCACGAGCCAAUCGGAAGAGUUCAGCGAAUGGUUCCGACAGAGUGAACGUUGGACCAUUGGUGCUUGUGAGGUUUUCCACUACUUUGUGGUGAAGCGAAGACGUUACAACUGCUCUGCAGCCUUGUCUUACGGCACUUGGUUUGUGAUCUACUAUGGUUUCAUUUUGUGCUCCCUGACGCUGACUGGACUUGCAGGCUUCAUCAACUACGCCUUAAUUUAUGCCAAACACGACACCAUGGGCCAAAUGACUGGCCAGCUGCCUUUGGAUGAUGCAGCCAACACUGGCGUGAUGAUUGCCGGCUUUUCCAGCCUUGCUUGGACCUACCUAGUCUUCUUGAUUUUCUUCUACCUUGACCGUGAAGGGUGCAAACUCAUUUACCACUUGAAGAUGAAGCCGCAGGGUGCUGAGGAUAUCAGCUUUUGCCAGAACCUCAAAGACUGGAUUCUGAUGUGGCCCAGUUUGGUUAUGUAUUCCAUGGUCAGCUACUGGGCUAUCCUGAAAGUGGCUGUCUAUGGCAAGAAGGUGUGCGGCCAUGAUCCUUCCAGCAAGGAAGGCCUCAAGGCUGGGCAAGGCAUGACAUCCGAGCGCUCCUCCUUGCUCCUCACUCCUCCUUCCUUCUUCCUCUUCUCGCACUGAGAGUAGGUGAGCAGGAGAGAGCACGUGAGAACAGGAGAGAACAGCUCAGAGCAGAUGAGAGCAGGUGAGAGCAGGUGAGAGCAGGUGAGAACCGGACAUUUCUGAAGCGAUGCCUCUCUGACGGCACCUUGAGAAAGAGGCUACUCACAUUGGUUCACCAAGCUGUCAGUCAGCUGCUCUAUGAAAAUUGUUUUCGCAAGCUUUCGCCUUUGUAUAGCAGCCAAAGGGUAUGGCAAGAAGGUGUGCGGCCAUGAUCCUUCCAGCAAGGAAGGCCUCAAGGCUGGGCAAGGCAUGACAUCCGAGCUCUCCUCCUUGCUCCUCACUCCUCCUUCCUUCUUCCUCUUCUCGCCCUGAAAAGUAGGUGAGCAGGAGAGAGCAGGUGAGAACAGGAGAGAACAGCUCAGAGCAGAUGAGAGCAGGUGAGAGCAGGUGAGAACAGGACAUUUCUGAAGCGAUGCCUCUCUGACGGCACCUUGAGAAAGAGGCUACUCACAUUGGUUCACCAAGCUGUCAGUCAGCUGCUCUAUGAAAAUUGUUUUCGCAAGCUUUCGCCUUUGUAUAGCAGCCAAAGGGCGUGCCUAGGAAUUUCAGUGACCCGUGUGACGCGACGAGUGCGUCUAAGCUCACCCCAAACAUGUAAAGGCUGGGGAUAGGCGGCACGGAUUCCAACAUUCAAUGCAUUCGGUUG